GGGGCCGCCACCGCGCAGGAGCUCAACAACAGCCGGCCUGCCCGCCAGGUGCGCCGGCUUGAGUUCAACCAGGCUAUGGACGACUUCAAGACCAUGUUCCCCAAUAUGGACUACGAUAUCAUUGAGUGCGUGCUACGCGCCAACAGCGGCGCCGUGGAUGCCACCAUCGACCAGCUGCUGCAGAUGAACCUGGACGGGGGUGGUGGCGGCGUCUACGAGGACAGCUCCGACUCCGAGGACAGCAUACCCCCGGAGAUCUUGGAAAGGACUUUAGAACCUGAUAGCUCUGAUGAAGAGCCCCCGCCGGUGUACUCCCCCCCAGCCUACCAUAUGCAUAUGUUUGACAGGCCUUACCCUCUGGCGCCCCCUACUCCACCUCCCAGGAUCGACAUGGUGGGCUCCAGCCCCCCUUCAAGCCAGAGGCGCUAUCAGAACUGGAACCCGCCACUGCUGGGCAAGUUACCCGAUGAUUUUCUCCGCAUCCUGCCCCAGCAGUUGGACAGCAUACAGGGUAACCCCGGGGGCCCCAAGGCAGUGAGCGGAGAGGGAGGCCCUCCCGCCGUGGGGGCUGAGGUGGGGACCCGAGACCAGGAGAGCCGCUGGAAGCAGUACCUGGAGGACGAGAGGAUCGCACUCUUCCUACAGAAUGAGGAGUUCAUGAAGGAGCUGCAGCGCAACCGCGAAUUCCUCCUUGCCCUGGAGAGAGAUCGAUUGAAGUACGAGUCCCAGAAAUCCAAAUCCAGCAGCACGGUUGUUGGAAACGACUUUGGCUUUCCUUCCCCUGUCCCAGGAACCAGUGAAGCCAACCCUGCUGUGUCUGAAGAUGCCUUAUUCAGGGACAAGUUGAAACACAUGGGAAAAUCCACCCGGAAGAAGCUGUUUGAACUCGCCCGGGCCUUCUCAGAGAAGACUAAGAUGAGGAAGUCGAAGAGGAAACACUUGUUGAAGCAUCAGUCGCUGGGGGCUGCAGCGUCUACAGCCAAUCUCCUAGAUGACGUGGAGGGUCACGCUUGUGAUGAGGACUUCCGGGGAAGGCAGCAGGAGGUGCCCAAGGUGGAGGAAGCCCUCACCCUCAGAGAAGGACAGUAAGAGAUGCCAGCAUCCUCGCUGGAGAUAAUCUGACCCGGUGGGAGCAGCCGGAGAGCAAAGCCAGCCUCCAGCUGAAGGGCCCAGCUGCAGCCGGACAGAUGGUGCUUGAGUCUUGAGGCCCAGUGAUUCUCCCGCCACAGUCCAGCCCACCACUGCCACUACUACUUUCCGUGGGGCUGCCCCGCUGUGAUUGGAGGAAGGACCUGGGGGCCCCUGGAGGCAGCAGCCAAUCACAGCCCCUUUUGUAGCCAGGCUGUUCUAUGGGCCAUGAGUGGAAAUACAGGAACCAACCCCUUU